UUUCUCCCAACGCGCGUGAAUUUGAAUUCAUUUCGCCCUCUUUUCAACAGUAAUUCGAAAUCUCAUCGUAGAGAGAGAGAGAGUUGAUGAAUUGAGGAGAAAAGCUCCGACCUUAAAAGGGAAACGGAGCAACAAAUCGAAGAGGUAGCAAUCGCAAUCGCAAUCGCAGCGUGAUGGUGAAAGGCACCUUCUCCAAUCAUUUGAUGGUGCACCUCGAUCAAGUCUCGCUUAAUCCCUCCCGCUUCCAGAGCCUUCUCGAUUCCGAAGCAGCUCAUUCCGACUCCAUGCCUCUCGAUUUCGAUCCCGAGAAAGAUUUCAUCCUUAGCCAGGAUUUCUUCUGCACCCCUGAUUAUAUUACUCCUGAGAUGAUUCCGCCGAUUGGAAGCAGCGUGGAUCGGAGCAAGGAAACUGUUGAAUGCCCCAAAUCGCCGGAGAAAGUUAAGACUGUUAGGAGCAAGCGCCCGAAAAUCGAUGUUGAUCUCAAAACAUCUUUUGGAUCAACUGAUUUUGGUCAUCAACCAUGUGAAGAUCUUGGAAAUGAUACUUCAAGGACUGAUGCAAUGGAGACAGGAACAGCGGUUGAGUUACAAAAUAGCCGUGGUGGUUAUGUUUCACAAUCUGUAGUGGCUUUACGGUGCAGAGUUAUGCCUCCUCCAUGCGUAAGCAAUCCAUACGUCAAGAAUGCUUCGGACUUUUAUGCUGAUCCUUUUAGCAAUCAAAGAUCCAAAUGUGCAGGUUAUUACUCUGCUGGUAUUGGUGGUGAUGGCCUUUCACGCUAUCGGACAGAUUUCCAUGAAAUUGAGAAAAUUGGCAGUGGAAACUUCAAUAAUGUUUUCAAAGUGCUGAAGAGGAUCGAAGGUUGCAUGUAUGCGGUGAAACUUAGCAUGAAACAGUUGCAUCAGGAAACAGAAAGGCAGAAGGCUUUGAUGGAAGUUCAAGCUUUGGCAGCCUUAGGGUACCACGAGAAUGUAGUCACCUACUACUGUUCUUGGUUCGAGAACGAGCAUCUCUACAUCCAGUUGGAGUUGUGUGAUCACAGCCUUUCUGUCAAUACAUUAUCCAGAUCAUUGACAGAGGUCGAAGCUUUAGAUGUCAUGUAUCAGAUUGCAAAAGCAUUGCAGUUUAUACACAGUAGAGGCAUAGCUCACUUAGAUGUAAAGCCAGAUAAUAUUUAUGCAAAAGAGGGAGUUUAUAAACUUGGUGAUUUUGGUUGUGCAACUAUGAUUGAUAAAAGCUUGCCAGUUGAAGAGGGCGAUGCACGCUAUAUGCCCCAAGAAAUUCUGAACGAUAACUAUGAUAGUCUAGACAAAGUUGACAUAUUCUCCUUAGGAGCUUCCAUGUAUGAACUCGUGAAGGGGUCGCCCUUACCUGAAUCAGGCCCUCAUUUUCUCCAUCUCAGGGAAGGAAGGCUACCUCUUCUUCCAAGCCACUCAAUACAGUUCCAGAAUUUAAUCAAGGCGAUGAUGGAUGCUAAUCCUGCUCGGAGACCAUCUGCUAGAGAAGUAGUUCAAAAUCAAAUAUUUGGGAGGCUUCAAAAGAUCAGAAAAAGCAUCUGAAUUGAAUGCAUCCAAUCAGUUCUAUUGUAUAUUCUGGCCAUGGUAGAGGGAAAUAAAUACGAAAAAGGACUUGAGAGAAUGACAAUGAAAUGAUCUACAUUAUUGACUCCAUUUUCGAGCACCAGAUUUUCCGAUGUGACGGUGCAUGGCUUAUGGAGCAAUAUAAUAUAGAUGAAGGGCAUGAGAUAAGGAAAACUGUACCAAAAAUGUGAUGGGUGCAAGUUAUGUAAAAAAAACAAACUUCUUUUGAAUAAGCUCAUUAUUACAUUAUGUCUUCUCUCUCCAACCAUAGCUGUAUAUGCUUUUACUAUUCUUGUUCAGUGUGAAUUGGUUCCUCUCUCUGUAUUACAACUUGGGCAUCCAUGUGUUCUCCAGAUAGUG